AUGGACAGUGUACUUUGUCAAAGCAAGAAACUCUAUUACGGGGAUGACAUGUCAUCAGAGCCUUGCAAAAACCUGUGUCCGAGUUCUCGCCCAGAAAACGGCAAUUUAUUAGUCCCAGGGGGACAAAAUGCGCCUGACAUUCACUCUGCGGGUGACGUUACAUCUGAAGAGUUCGAAAGGCUUGUUCUUUCGCCGCCACCUGUUCCUUUAAAUUUUGAGGCUGCUAGUGUUGCCAUUUAUGAAGCAGCUUGUCGUUCUCAUUCCAGGACACAGUCAAUAAGUGGCAGCACGCGUUCCUUGAAAUCAAAACAAGAACUGCACACUGAUUCACAUAGCAACUGUAGUGCAAGGUCUUCAACACAUGAAAUUAGCAAGCAAGGGCCCAAAGAAGUUUUACCCUGUCAUACUGUUGCAAAACCAUCAAAGCCUCGGAAGAAAUGGCUGCGUUUUGUUUGUUGUUUUCCUGAUAAAUCCUGUCAUUCAUUCCUAUCGAAACAAAAAGACUCCUUUUCUGUCAAAGAAAAUUUGUUUGUAAAAUCUCCAUCUUCCAGUAAUAAUACAUCUAAUUCCAAGGAAGUAAAUGAUCUCGUUAGUAAAAAAUCAACGAAGCCGUCAAGAUCUAAAGGCCAAGAACACUCCCAAAAAUCAAAAAGCUUGUCAGCUAAUGAUAUGGUUGAAUAUACAACUGACCAAGCAAUUUCCCCGUUACACACAGAAGAAAUAUCAUUGCCUACUGUAUCAGUUUUCCAACCUGUUCUCCCCAGUACAGUUUUGAAUGCUUUAGGAUCGAAAGCUGAUGGUUCCUCUGUUCAUUCAGCUUCAGUGUCGAACGCUUACAGUCUCAACGAUCCCGAUGAUCGUGUGGAGUCAACACUUUUAAGGUCAACUGUCGAAGUGAAUAUCAACACAUCUAAGUCACAUAAUCCUUUUCGAUUUGCUGCCUUAAAACGUCACACAUCCAAUGAUGUAUACUGCAUAAAACUCACUGAUAAUGCUGAACGACAGAAUCCGAUUACACCGGUAGAAAGUAAUAUUGGUGCUGAAUCUACACAUCAUGUGAUUCAUCAACAGUUACAGACUUUGCAUUCACCUUGGGUUGAGUGUGACAACUCUGAUGGUAAUCAUUUUAUUCCAAGCAGUUUCCCUCAUGACCAAUAUUCUAUCAGUUACAAUAGAAAUGGUGGACAAGGUGAUGCUGCUUCCGAAAAUCUUGAGCUUUCACCACCUGGAAUAGAUCUGUUGGGUGAAGUUGACUCAGACUGUGUGAAUAAAAAGUGCUUGGUUUUGGAUUUGGAUGAAACUUUGGUACAUAGCUCCUUCAAAUAUGUAGAGAACGCAGAUUUUAUUGUUCCUGUGGAAAUCAAUGGCACUAUUCAACAAGUAUAUGUUCGAAAAAGGCCGCAUCUUGAUAAAUUUCUUAAAGCUGUCGGACCCCUUUUUGAGUGCGUCAUGUUCACAGCGAGUCUUCGUAAGUAUGCUGAUCCUGUUUGUGAUUAUAUUGAUGCUUCGUCAUAUUUUCGUCAUCGCUUAUUUCGUGAGGCAUGUGUUGAUCAUCAAUGCAAUUUAAUUAAGGAUUUAAGUCGUCUUGGAAGAGAUGUUGAACAAAUAUGUAUCGUUGAUAAUUCUCCAAUAUCAUUUUUAUUUCAACCAAGUAAUGCACUCCAAAUUGUUUCGUGGUUUGGUGAUUUAGCUGACCAAGCUUUAUGCGAACUGAUACCUUAUCUCACAGGCUUAGCCAGUGCACCCACUGUCGUUGAUUAUCUACGCGAAUUCAGGCCUCCACAAAAUGCAGCUGUUGCUCAACCUGCCACUCCUACAUGGUUGUUACUAUUUAAUCAUAGUCUUCCUGGUGACGUGAAUAAUUUAGAAGAUAGUGAAGGUGGAGAACUAGAAGAUGAGGAUAUCGCUGUAGAUUAUCACGAAGAAGAUGCUGUUCUGUCACCUCAUUAUUCCUUGAAUCACAAUCGUUUUUCUUGA